ACUUUUUGACUUCCAGUGAAGGCUAAACAUCUUCAUCAGCCAGUUAAACAAAUGAAAUCCAUUUGCGUUUUUAUUUUGUUUUAACUUCACUAACAGAGACGAUAUGGUGGCAUUCAGGGGUUUGACACGAGCUGUUUUCUGCUCCAGCACGUCGGCGUGGAUUAAGAAAAAAAUCAGAGUGAAUUUAAAUAAAAUGCUUCAAAAAGAGCGCAAGACGCAGGCAGUUUCAGAUGGAGAGUUGAACAUGUCGAGCUUUUUGGGAACGGGCAGCAGCCCGAGUCUGAGCAGCGGCUCUGCUGGUGGAGAACUUCGUCAAGGUGAAGAUGGUCCGGCCAGCAGGGUGGUCAGCUGGGCUGUGUGCUUCGAGCGCCUGAUGGAGGACCCAGUUGGAGUGCGUUAUUUUACCGCUUUUCUCAAAUCAGAGGUGAGUGAUGAGAACAUCCUCUUCUGGCAGGCCUGUGAGAAGUUCCAGAAGACUCCAGCUACCAGUCUGGAGGAGCUGAAGGCACAAGCCCGCUCAAUCUACGAUCUGUAUCUUUCCGAGAGCUCCUUCAAUGCUGUGAACAUAGACGACACGGCACGAGUUAACAAGAGUGACCUGGAGAAACCAAAUCCAGAAAUGUUUAGCAAAGCCCAGCAACAGAUCUAUAAGCUGAUGAAGUUCGAUAGUUACGCGCGCUUCGUCCGCUCUCCACUCUAUCAGAACUGCAUGCUGGCCAGUGUAGAAGGACGACCGCUGCCUGACAUCGAGCCUCAAAAUAAGUCCGUCACUCCAACCAGCGGCAGGAAGAUCACAAGCGGGAAAACACCGUCGUCUGACAGCAAAUCCAAUAAAAGGAAGACGCCUGAGAAGAGAGGAUCAUGGGGAGCAGACGUGUCUUACCGGCAGGUCACAGUGUCGAGGCAGGAGUCGCAGAUCUCAGUGAAAUCCAGCAGCAGUGUGGAGUUGGGGUCACUAUCGAACAGAUCAGAGGACGGCAGCUCGAGUCCUCUCGGUUCAGAGCCAAACGCGCCAGCUCGAGCGGAUAAAUACUGCUGUGUGUUUUUGCCCGACGGCACGGCCAGCCUUGCUCCAGCUCGAGCUGGUCUGACUCUGCGCGGCAUGCUGAGCAGUCUGUGUGAAAAAAGAGGCUUCCCUAUGAAAGACAUCGUGAUCUACCUCCAGGGCAAGGAUAAGAAUGUGUGUCAAAGGCAACAGCCUCUCUCUUUGGACCAGGACAGCUCUAUCCUGCAGGAUCAGCAAGUCACCCUGGAACUCCGAGUAACAUUUACGUUGGACAUAGUGCUCACAGGCAAGACGAUAGGCAUCAUGGCCAAAUCGAGUAAGACACUUGGAGACGCCGUUUCCUCCGUUCUACAGAAGCACGAGCUACGACCACAGGAUGCGGUUAUCACCAUGAGUGGAUCUAGAGAACCCUUGAACAUGGACACCACCGUAUUACGCCUUGCCAACAAGACUCUUUGUCUGGAUCGAGUCAAAAAUGGCGGCAACGAAAAGGGAAAUCUGGCUGUAGACCGAAGCCGGACAGGCAGCAAGCCCAAAAACGAGAUGGACGGUCUGGUGGAGAUGCUGACUCGCGUGCAGUGCAGCCGAGCCGACGACCAGCGUGGCUUAUUAACCAAAGAGCAACUGGAGCUGCCGUCGUUCUUGCAGGUUCCUGCAGGGCAGCGUAAAGGAGAAGAGGGAAAGAAUACACAACAGAAACCCGAGGCUUUACAGAAGAGCUGCUCGAGGGAGCACACGAAAGCUGCCGAGAAAACAGCAGAUGAGGAGAAGCCACUUGUUAAUGGAAAUCAUAAAGACUCUAAUAGAGAGAAGAAAACGGAACAGUGUGUGUGUGCAAGCUCUGCCAAAGGAAUGGCACUUUGAGUGUGUGUGCAGUGUGCGUGUGUAUGCACGCUCGCUGUGUGUGUGCAAGCUCUGUCAAAGGGAUGACACUGUGUGUGUGUGUGUGUGUGUGUGUGUGUGUGUGUGUGAGAACCAGGCUUCAUAUUUAUCAUAUUUUCCCCACAUGUUAUUUAGUAAGGACUGUAUCCAAUGAUCCUGUAUAUUAAGAAUAAACAAAACAGAUGCUUAGUGAACAAAGAGAGCUAAGUCCAGAGACUUCAGUAUGGUGUAUUUAUUUUGUCCCUAGUUUUAGCAUUAUGAUCAAGCAUGCUCAUACUAUAUUUAUUUAGAGUCUGCACUUCCAUGCACUUGCACAUGCUUUAUAUGAAUUUUUUUUUAUUCACAUGGAUUUUUCACUUGAAUGAAUGUCCUUAAAAAAGGAAUGAACUCUUUGUAUGUUGUGUUAAUAUUUCUGCUGAAUGUCUGUUUUGUUCUCUGCAUCGUUGCCUUUGCUCUAUCGAUCUAAUGCAGUCUGAGGCUGAAAGAGCUGUGAAUGGACUCCGUUUAAUUCAUAAGAUACUGUACAGUCACUCAGAAAAUCCAGAUGUUUGUUUAAAAGGUAUAGGAAGUAACCAAAAUGUAUAUUGAAACAAAUGUGGUGAAAUGUGUGUGUUUAACUUGAGAGAAAAAGUAAACAAUUGGAACCGAA